AUGGCAGCUUCUAGUGGAAACUCGAUCGAAAUCGGGCACUCGGAUCAGGAGCUGGUCGGAUCGGGAAAGCGGAACCUCCGGCGUUAUAUGCUGCUUGGGACCGUUGCCCUCAUUCUGACGGUCGUUGCAGUCGCCCUGGUGGUCAUGCUGACGGCCGGCAACGAUGACGAAGGAUCCCCCGAAACGUCCCCGAUUGUACUGCCUGGCCAGCCAAUCACACUCGAGGAAGUGCUGUCGGGGCGCCUGUCCGCGAGUGGCUACACUGGCACCUGGAGCUCGAACGGGAAGAUCAUCUAUCGGGAUGAUUUCGGCUCGGUGAUGGUGUACGAUCCAGAGUUGAAUGAAACAACGACGCUGCUCGGGCCAAUUCACGAGCAGCUGCUUGAGGGCUUCAAGUUCGAUCUUUCGCCGGACGGGAAGUUUUUGCUGGUGGCCCGCGGCUACAGCAAAAUCUUUCGCCACAGCUAUCUGGCCAUUUACGAUAUCUUCGAUCUGGAGACCAACCGGGUGAUUCCGGUGAACGUCGGUGGCACGAGGCGACCGCUAAACCUGGUCGAAUGGGGACCGGUUGAUCACUCGUUCGUGUUUGUGUUCGACAACAAUCUGUACUACUGCGAAGCACCCGGGGCGGCAGAGGUACAGAUCACGACCGACGGUAGCCCAAGCGUGUACAAUGGCAUUCCCGAUUGGGUGUACGAGGAGGAAGUGUUCUCGACCAACAUCGCCACCUGGUUCUCGCCCGAUGGUCGGCGGAUCGCGUUCAUCCGGUUCAACGACACCGACACACGGCUGAUGAAGAUUCCGAUCUACGGUCCGCCGGGACACCCCGACUAUCAGUAUCCUCGCGAGCUGUCGCUCCACUACCCGAAGGUGGGCACGAAGAACCCGGUCGUGCAUCUGUUCCAGUACGAUCUCCGGGAACGCAAAAUGCAGGAGGUGGAAGCACCCCGUGAGCUCGUCAACGCGAACCAGGACCACAUCAUCACCAGCGUGGGCUGGUCUCCUUCAACCGACCGGCUGGUGACGAUCUGGAAGAACCGUGUACAGAACCAUGCCAUUCUGCGAUCAUGCAAGGCAAUGGAAGCGACACCCGGCGCGGAUGAUUGUAUGACGGUGCACGAGAUUAAGGAGGAAGGCGGAUGGUUGGAUCUCUUCAGUGCUCCCGUGUUUAAUGCACUCGGAACACACUUCGUAAUCAUUGCGUCACAAAGCCAAGGACUCGUAGGUGCCUACAAGCACGUCACAAUGAUCUCCACCACGGAACAGUCGAGCGUUGUGGCGCUCACGAAGGGACACUUUGUCGUGCAGGACAUCCUGAAGUGGGACCCGGAAACGAAUCUGAUUUUCUACACCGCCAACACGGAGGAGGAAUCGCACAUCCUGCACGUGUACGCCAUCGAGGCCCGCGAAGCGGCGGUGGCACAGUGUAUGACGUGCGAUGUGGACGUAGGGGAGAAGCAGAGCUUCUUUAACGCCCAGGUUAGCCCGAAAGGUGGCAAUUACGUCGUGCUGGAAGCGCGAGGACCAAACAUUCCUUGGAGUCACGUUUUCCACUGGAGCGUUCCGGCUGGAUCGACAAACAAGACCGUCCAGUUGAAGUUGAUUAAGAUGUGGGAAUCAAAUCACCACCUCGAGCGGAUGCUGAAGGGAAAAGCGGUUCCGAAGGUGGAAAUUCACGAAAUCGAUCUCGGCAAUGGAUUCAAGGCGAAGGCAAAGCUACUUAUACCGCCCGGUAUCAACACGACCAGCGCGGCCGUGAAGCUACCGAUGCUGGUGGACGUUUACGGUGGCCCCAACUCGGCCAACGUCGUCGACACGUGGGGCAUCAGCUGGGGUACGCAUCUGGCGUCGAACCGCUCCGUGGUGUAUGCCAAAAUUGACGGUCGCGGCAGUGGAUUGCGCGGUGAUCGGUUAAUGUACCAAAUCUAUCGGAAGCUGGGCACGGUCGAGAUAGACGAUCAAAUAGCGGGAGCCAAAAAGCUGGCCGAACAGUUACCGUACAUCGAUGCGAACCGGAUGGCCAUCUGGGGCUGGAGCUACGGAGGUUAUGCAUCAGCGAUGGCUCUAGCACACGAUGCCAACCACGUGUUCCAAUGUGCCGUUUCCGUUGCCCCUGUUACCGAUUGGCUAUUUUACGAUUCCAUCUACACCGAGCGUUACAUGGGUCUGCCGAAGGAUGAUAAUGAACGCGGCUACGAACGGUCACGGCUGACAGCGCUUCACGAGCGGUUCCGGAACCGUAGUUUCCUGCUCGUGCACGGAACGUACGACGACAACGUGCACUUCCAGCAGGCGAUGCAGCUGUCCCGGGCACUCGAAACGCACGACAUUAUGUUCAAGCAGGUGAGUUACCCCGACGAGGACCACAGUUUGGCUGGCGUUCGCCCGCAUCUUUACCACACGCUCGGUAGGUUCUUCAGUGAGUGCUUAAAGUUGCAGUAAACUCCGGGGCGGUGCACUCGGCAAACGGUACUCCUCGUCCGCGCAUUCCGUGCACGUGCCACCGUGCCGCAAAGAAAUCCUUCAUAUUCAGCAGAUCCUUCCCCAAACCUUGCCACAAUUGAAACUCGUCGCUAGCCCACUGUUUCUUCCUGUUCGAUGGGGCAACGUACUUGUGGUUCCGUUAAAAACACGAUCACCGUCCCACUGUGUUCGUGAUACAGUUCUCUUCACCAAAUGCUGUAUUACUUAAAAAGAGAGUUUCAAAUCCUUGCGAGGGGCACGCACACCGUGGAUUGGUGAUGUAUAUAAUAGAUUAGCUUUGUAUGUUGUAAUGGAAGACUCUAAGUGUCUGUUGUUGAAACGCGUCCUAUCACGUGAUAGGAUCCUCGUAAGCAUUUCCGUUAACGUACCGUUCUUUGUGGCUGUUCUUGUGCGAAAACACCGGUUGUUGUUGUUGGAAGCAGAUUUUACCUGUGUGUAAAUAUAAGUUCAAACCGUACGAGCAUUAGAUAAAUUAAGGCAGCAUUAAACGGAAUGAAACAACAAACAGAAAGAGAGAGAGAGAGAGAGAGAGAGAGAAAGAGAGAGAAAGACAGAGGAAAGAUUACUGGGACAUACGGAAACUGGCGGAUCAUUGCAGUAUUCCCCGCACCAAGGAUGCUGAAAAACAGAGACAUACCUUACAGAAGGACCAAACGUGUUUAUAAAACACUAGUCACUGGCAGGAAGGAAAAACCGGAUAAAAAAUAUCUUGUGUUGUCUUUGAUAAGCCGAUUGAACCCGAGGGAUAGACUUUCGGUGUGGGAAUGAUAAAACUAGACAUAGAAAGUGGCCAGAUAUAAUGGAAAAUAAAGCAUCUUA